CUGCACGAGCUGAGCCGGACCAUCGCGGACGACCUGCCGGAGCCGCGCACGCUGGCGGGUGCCUGGCGGGAGAUGCGCGCCACCUGGAAGCGCCAGCGGAUCGAGCCGGACUACCAGUACGAUACGCCGGUGCCCACGCCGGCGGUCGUCAAGCACGCCCGCGCACGCGACGACGACGAGCUGGGCACCUCCAUCGGCGACCUGGCACCCGGCAUUCUGGCGCGGGCCGGGGCCUGA